AUGAAAAGAGAUACGAAAGAACCACUGGUAAUUGCAUGGAAGCUCGCAUUGGUAAUGAUAGCCGUGCAACCACUUAUCAUAAGUCGUUUUUAUUGCAAGCGUGUCCUCCUGAAAAACAUGUCUAGAAAGGCCAUUAAAGCCCAAGAUGAAAGUAGCAAACUUGCAGCAGAAGCUGUAUCCAAUCUCAGAACUGUGAUAGCCUUCUCGUCCCAAGCCCGAAUUCUCAAGAUGUUCAAGAAAGCCCAAGAAGGCCCACAAAAGGAAAGUAUCCGCCAGUCAUGGUUUGCUGGUGUUGGACUGGCUACCUCCCAGAGCCUAAUGACUUGCACUUGGGCUUUAGAUUUUUGGUAUGGUGGUAAACUUAUUGUAGAAGGCUUCAUUGGAGCAAAAGCAUUAUUCCAAACUUUCAUGAUUUUGGUGAGCACUGGCCGUAUCAUUGCUGAUGCUGGGACUAUGACAAACGAUCUAGCUAAAGGUUUAGAUGCAGUUGGAUCAGUAUUUGCUGUGUUGGAUCGAUGUUCAUUAAUCGAACCUGAAGAUCCGGAGGGCUACAAACCUGUUAAGUUAACUGGCCAUGUUGAAUUGCAUGGUGUUGAUUUUUCCUACCCUGCCAGGCCCAAUGUAAUGGUCUUCAUAGGGUUUUCGAUUAACAUUGAAGCAGGAAAAUCGACUGCAUUAGUAGGACAAAGUGGGUCAGGAAAAUCAACUAUUAUUGGCUUAAUAGAAAGAUUUUACGAUCCACUUAAAGGUGUUGUGAAGAUUGAUGGACGAGAUAUCAGGUCAUAUCACUUAAGAUCACUAAGGAAGCACAUUGCACUUGUUAGCCAAGAGCCAACGUUAUUUGCUGGUACCAUACGCCAAAAUAUUACCUAUGGUGCAUCCGAAGAUAUUGAUGAAUCAGAAGUUAUCGAGGCAGCCAAGGUAGCAAAUGCUCAUGAUUUCAUUGCUGGCCUGAAGGAUGGAUAUGACACGUGGUGUGGGGACCGAGGGCUACAGCUAUCUGGUGGCCAGAAGCAAAGAAUCGCAAUAGCUUGCGCCAUCUUAAAAAAUCCAACCAUUUUAUUAUUAGAUGAGGCGACCAGUGCCCUCGAUAGCCAAUCGGAGAAAGUGGUGCAAGAUGCACUUGAGCAUGUGAUGGUUGGAAGGACUAGUGUAGUUGUGGCACACAGGCUAAGUACCAUACAGAAUUGCAACGUGAUUGCUGUUUUAGAUAAAGGAAAGGUAGUUGAAAAGGGAAAUCACUCUUCCUUGUUGGCUAAAGGGCCAACAGGAGCAUAUUAUUCACUUGUCAGUCUUCAAAGAACGCAUAACUCCGAAAUCAACUAAGUUAAUUAGGUAGUACAUUUGGUAAUGUGGAUUGGACAAUAUUGGACAGUGUUACUGUGCCGGCUAGUACUCAAUACCGAACUCAUACUUAAUGUUAUAUGAAGUUGAGGUGGGAUGACAUUCAAAUGUGAUCUCAUGUGCUCUGCGUUUAAGAUGUACUGAUUACUUGUCAUUUGUAUGUACACACUAAAGUAGAAAGCUUCAAUAUUGAGGAGAAAUUUCAGUGCACAAUUUCUUGAUCUUA